AAUACUAUAAUCAGUUUUUACACCUGAAAGAAAUGAAGAUCGUUUAUAUACUGUUCUUCACUUUGGUGGCCCUUUUUAAUUCUAUCGAAUUAAGUUCACAGAUGGGACAAGGCGGAUCUUCUUCUCAUGCAUCUUCUUCCGGCGGAACUGGGUCUCAUCCUGAAGAACAUAUUCCUGCUACCCUGGAGAAGCCACUGGAAUGGAAAAAAUUCACUUUUCCAAAAGAAAGUAACCUUCUAUAUUACGCAGUCACCCCGGUACAAACUCCUACUGGCAUAGGCAGAUUGCAUGGCUUUAAACCCGUACCAUCAGAUUUUGAACAUGAAGUACAUGUAAACGAUCGUCACGAAGCAUUUGGAUUUAAAGAUAAGAAGACUGGUAGUCUUUAUAGAUUGUAUUCUAAACCUUAUGAACUAGCGGCAAUAAAAAUCCGUGGCAAGAAGCCCGUUAGACCUCUCAAAGAGGAUGAAAUAGAGUUUUUGCGGAAGAAUCCAAGUGGUAAAAAACCAGUCGUUGCUGAUGCGGAUAAAAACCCUAUGGUAUGGUAUUGAUCUCGAAAGACAUCAGGGAAAGCAUAUGAGAGUGAUCUCAGAUAGUAUAGUAAACCGCGUAAGAAGAGAUGAAUGGAGAAAAAUUAACAUUUUCAGAUUUAAACGAAAGAGUGAACAUUUUUUAUUUUUUUUGAGUGUGCUAAUUUUCCAUCGAGAGAACUACCCAACGAAAGAAUAGGUUUAUCUGCAAAACAAAUUCUUUUUUAUUUCCUUAAUAAUUGACACUUGUGUUGCAUUCCAUGCAGAGGAAUAUAUUUUUUACUUU